AUGGAUGCGGAGUCCAGAAGACUAAUUGACUGGAUGAAGAAAGGUGUGUAUGAUGCUCUACAGAAGAAAUAUCUCAGGACACUAAUGUUCUGUGUGUGCCAGACAAUUGAAGGGCCAGUCAUUGAAGAAUAUUCAUAUGGAUCCCCUCACACAAAUGACCACUUCCGACCAGUCCAGGCCAUUUCUCUUGGCGUUCAAGCCGGGACUCAUCCUUGGAUGUUAUAUGAUAUUAUAUCAAAUGCUGCAGGAAACUCAUGGAUUUUCAAGAAUUACAUCCCCUAUCUAUUACAGGGGAAGAAAAUCAAGGAUGAUUUCCUUAACACUUCAGUUCAAGAUUUGGGGACUGUUUUAGACACAGCCAAACAUGCAGAUGCAAAUGGUCUUGAUGGUUUAAAGGUGGGUCGUUCCGGAAGGUUUGGGUAUCUUAGGUUGGCUGUGAAUUUGAUAACCUUUGAAGACAGAUUUAACCUGUAUCAGAUUGAGCAGGAGCUUGGAACCGAAAUCAAACCUGCUGCCUUCAUCAUAUACAUACUAUCAUCUUCAUCUUGGUCAAAAGGAGCAAAGGAUGAUAGCAGAUUACCUUUUGAGAAAGAGUACUUGGAGUGCAAUUUACCUUUUGAGCCGUUUGGUUCGGACAUGCCAUACACUGCUAUACAGUUCAUGGUUCUGCAAAAAGUGAAAACUUUUGCUUCUGGGUCAUCUAAGUCAUAUGCUGAAGGAGAUGGGAAUGAGUCUAAUUCAACCAUUUCUUCUGAGUCUGAUGUUAAUGGAGUUGUUAAUGAAGAAUCCCAAAGACAAAACAACAAAAGAUCAGAGAUGAGAAUGCUUGGGUGCUAA